AUGCAAACGCGCUAUAAGUUGAUAUCGUCAAGUCAUUUAAACGGAGCAACUCAAGCUGGUAUAAGAGAUAUGCAUUUAGGUCGAAUCAAAGAUGGAAAACCUACCGGACUUUCAAUCAUUCGCUUCGACAACCCACAUAGAGGAGCUGAUUUUCAUCAUAUUAAUAUCGAUCCACACGGAUAUCCAAAUAGAGCCAAUCCACAUAUUGAAGUGUCCAAAAAGGUUAUACAAGGUGCGAAAGUAGCACAUACAACACUGGAAUACGUUGGGCGAGGCCUUCUUGUAGUGUCUUUAAUAACUGAUGGAGUACGGCUUGUAAAAGCAAUACAUGACGAUAUUAAUGUGGACGAAGAAAUUCGUUUUUAUCAAGAGUCAAUAAAAGAAUUAAGACAAUAUCUGGAAAAAGAAAAAUAUCAAGAAAAGCGGGAAGAUACUCAAGAAAUCAUUAAAUAUUUAGAAGCGUGUUUGAAAGAAGCACAACGAAGCAAAACAGUACCUUAUCAUACAAUAAAUGUAGGUGCUUCUAUAGCCGGUGGAUGGAUAGGUGGAGCAGGGGGCGCAGUUGGUGGAUCUUGGAUGGGAGCAGAAGUUGGUGCAAGUGUUGGUGCAGCAGCUGGUCCAGUAGGCGCAGUAAUUGGAGCUCCGAUAGGUGCUGUUGUUGGAAGCAUAAUCGGUGGUGUUAUAGGAGGAAUUACAGGAAGCAUUGCAAUCGAAUAUAUCGCUCAAGAACUUUUGCAGCAUAUGGAUUAA